GAAGGAGGAGGAGGAGGAGCGAGCGGGCCGGGCCUGGGCGGCCGCCCGCGCCGAGCUCGGGUGAAAGGGCGGCGGCGCGGUGGGCGGGGCCGAGCGGCUGCGGAGGGGCCUUGCAGCGGCGGCCGCGGAGCUGCUCGCUCGCUGGCGUAGCGGAGUCGGCGCCGCGCCGGGUCUCCAGCAUGUCGGAGCUGAGGCAGAGGGGGGCCCGCGACCCGGACGCCGCGCCCGAGGACAAGGAUGCAGAAGUCAAGGCUGAGGGGGAGACGGCGUCGGACAGCGAGAGCCGAGCGGAGGCUGCCCCCAUCCCUGCACCUGUGGACGAUACCCCCGAGGUGCUCAACCGGGCGCUCUCGAACCUGUCGUCCAGAUGGAAGAACUGGUGGGUGAGAGGCAUCCUGACCCUGGCCAUGAUUGCGUUUUUCUUCAUCAUCAUCUACCUGGGACCCAUGGUUUUGAUGAUUAUCGUGAUGUGUGUGCAGAUCAAGUGUUUCCACGAGAUCAUCACCAUCGGCUACAAUGUCUACCACUCCUAUGACCUGCCCUGGUUCCGGACCCUCAGCUGGUACUUCCUGCUGUGCGUGAAUUACUUCUUCUACGGAGAGACUGUGACCGAUUACUUCUUCACUCUGGUCCAGCGGGAGGAGCCUCUGCGGAUCCUCAGUAAAUACCACCGCUUCAUCUCCUUCACCCUCUACCUGACAGGGUUCUGCAUGUUUGUGCUGAGUCUCGUCAAGAAGCAUUACCGACUGCAGUUCUACAUGUUUGGCUGGACCCACGUUACGUUACUGAUCGUUGUAACCCAGUCGCAUCUCGUUAUCCACAACCUGUUCGAAGGAAUGAUUUGGUUCAUAGUCCCCAUAUCUUGUGUGAUCUGUAACGACAUCAUGGCCUACAUGUUUGGCUUCUUCUUCGGCCGCACCCCACUCAUCAAGCUGUCCCCGAAGAAGACCUGGGAAGGCUUCAUUGGGGGCUUCUUUGCUACAGUGCUGUUUGGUCUUCUGCUGUCCUACGUGAUGUCGGGGUACCGAUGCUUCGUGUGCCCCGUGGAGUACAACAACGACACCAACAGCUUCACUGUGGACUGUGAGCCCUCGGACCUGUUCCGCCUGCACGAGUACAACAUUCCUGGAGUCAUCCAGUCGGCCAUUGGCUGGAGAACAGUCCGGAUGUACCCCUUCCAGGUCCACAGCAUCGCCCUCUCCACCUUUGCCUCACUCAUCGGCCCCUUUGGCGGGUUCUUCGCAAGUGGAUUCAAACGCGCUUUUAAAAUCAAAGACUUUGCCAACACCAUUCCUGGCCACGGAGGCAUCAUGGAUCGCUUUGACUGCCAGUAUCUCAUGGCCACCUUCGUCAAUGUGUACAUCGCCAGCUUCAUCAGGGGCCCUAACCCCAGCAAGCUGAUUCAGCAGUUCCUGACCUUGCGGCCGGAUCAGCAGCUCCACAUCUUCAACACGCUCAAGUCUCACCUGGUCGACAGGGGGCUGCUGACGCCCAUCAUGGAGGGUGACGAGUAGGGGCCAGCGGGGCCGGCGGAGAAGGCGCAGGACUGGGCGAGGGCCGGGCUCCGUGGCCAGCCCCCGCCGUCCACUUCGACCAGGAUGAGGCUUCAACUCACUGUCUUUGUCUGUCUUUUUUUUUUUUUUUAAGAAUACUUUCGAUGUGUGGGUGAAACCGUUUGUAUAUACUCUCUACUCUCUGUGCUGAUGAUUUAGAUUGUGAGUCAGCUGCAGCUCUGAGUCGGAAAGGAGUCAUAGAGGUAUAAACCAUUUCGGUUUUUUUAAAACACCUACAGGACAGUGUCGCCCAGCUGGCGAGGGUCCCCACAGUGUAUUCCUCCUCUGUGUCCGACCCGGCGGGGACCAUCCCCCCCAUCCUGGUCGCAGCCCCCAGCAGGAAGGAGGCUCAGGCAGGGACGCCCGUGCGCCUGUUCCUCUCUCCUCCCUGCCCUGGAGCCACGAGAAAGGCAAGCUAGGGGGCCGGGAGCCCCGCGGAGCCAGAGCUCUGCCGGGGGAGAUGGGCUCGUCGCCUGCUUGGCCGGGGAAGGAGGGGGAGAAGGUUCGAGUGUUCGUUUUCUUUCAGAAGCUGCGGGUAAUCGGCCUCGUGGUGUGGCGCAGAGCCUCCCUGCUCGACUCCCUGUGCCCGCAGUCAGGGCUGUAGUCGGGCCCUGGGCCCGCAGGGGCCUCUCGGAUGGGGCGGGCUCACCGCGAGUAUUCAGGGGCGACGCCGUACGCGUCGUGCUGGAGACUUUUCCCUGCUGAGUCCUUUCGGGAGCAGAGGGCUGCCGCGUCCUGCCCCCUUGGCCUGCCCCACACCCUGUAGCUGCUGUGUUGUAUAUAUCUUAUCUUACGGCAACUGUGUAUCUCUGUGUGUUUAAAAAAAAAUCACUUAAUCCCGUUAUCUCAGUUGUACCAUGGCUUCUUCACGGAAGGGCACGCAGAGGCCGACGGAAGCUCUGGGCAACCCAGGUCGCUCCGCUGUGAAGAUGCAGUGCACACUUUCAUAGAUGGUGACCGUGGAGUCUGCCUUUUCCUGAGGGACCUUUUAUUUUUUUCUUUCUUUCUUCCUUUUUUUUUUUUUUUUUUUUUUUUGGUAAACUGUGAUUUUCCCCCCUUCCUAGUUACAGGGGUGAGGUUCUCUUUGGGAAGAGCAAGUUCCUUGUCAGGGCAGCGAGCAAGGGCGUGUGAGAGAGAAAAGCUCAGUGCCCAGGUGUCUGUCACUCCGUGCCACGGUUCUUGUUGCCAAGCGAGGGAGUCACGCCUUGCCCUGCGCCUCAGCCUGGUGCUAGUCCUUCCGGCUUGUUCCUUUUCCUCACCUUCCCCCUUCCUGCAGGCUCAGCAACAGUCAGCGCCCAGCACUGCCGAGUCGGGGCCACAGCAACACCCCCCCCCACACACACACCCGUGGCUUCCUCCUCCCGCGCCUUCACUUCCGUUUUAGUGCAGGUCCGGGGCCGAGUGUCCUCGCCUGGGUGUUGGGCCGUGUAUGUGACCCCCACCGGGCCCUGGUUCUGAGAGCUUUGUGUCCCCGUGUUCUGGGAUUCUGGCCGCAAAGGGUUGUGUCCCCGGAGGUUGGCGCUUUCCAGGUCUUUCUGAAAUGCUUGUCCUUCCAGUCAGCACACUGAACCGUGAGGUGGUUAGUCAUGAAUUCGUUUCAUUUCCCCUUCAGUAAACAGCUUUGUUUCGUAUCUGUUUCACUGUUACACUCCUACCAAAAAGCAGAGACUAGAGCCAGAGAGAGAUAAGGGGGGGGGGGGGGGCGCGGUGCCUGGGGGCCGGAUAUAGGCCUGGUGGCGUCCGUGGGGCCCCGUGAGGAAGGGGCCUUUGGGGAGGGUUUCGGUAGCUGUGCGGAGGCGCCUUCUCCGGCUGCCGAAGGCUCGUGGUUCCCCCCGCUGAGGGGCAGCAGGGACCUUCGUUGGUCUGGCGCUGCUUGGUGGUCAGCCAGCCUAGAGAUGCUCUGAAGGGGGCCGCCUUGAGUAUCGGGGGUCCCGGGGUGCCGGGAAGUGGGAGGGUGCUGGGCACCGCCAGCAGUGCCCCCCGGCUCCUGGUGAGCGAGGGAGCGUUCCCCAUGGCAGCUGCGGGCCGCCCACCGCUCGUGUCUUGCUCCGCUGCUGGGAGUGUUUGUCCAGGCCGGCAGCCCUGGGGGGUGGGAUAGAUCCACGCACCUCCCGUGGCUGGCGUGACGCUGCAGCAACAGUUUUCCACCCCCGGUCGCCGUGGUGAGAAAUAAGAUGUGGCCCAAACCGCACCCCGCCCUGUUGUGGAUUCCACGUCUCCCCCCGUGCGUGCUUCUCUGCUUCCCGCUGUUGCGUGUCUUCAGGGCGCCGGCAGCCGAGACAGCCGCCCCGCGGGCCUCGUGUCAGCCCCUGCCCCACGCACAGAAGUGACGGUGCACUGGGCAUCUGGCCGCACCCUUCCCUCUGCGGCGCGGGUCGGAGCUGCCGUGGCUGUGCCCGCCAGACUCCUGCCUGGAGUGGAGGGGGGCGGGCUGUCCUCGGGGCAGGCCUGGCGGCCCCCCUGACUGCGUUCAGCGGGGGAAGAAACCUUCCUGCUUGCCCCGCGCUCUCCUGCCUUCGCUCCGUCUAGUGCUCGCCUGUCUUGUGUUCUGAGCGUGGUGGCGGCCAUGGGUGCCCCGUGUGUCGUGUGUAUUAUUCUCAGUGUUGUACAAUUCUGUCGUGUGUUUGAAGCUAGUCUCUCUUAGGGGCAGAGUAGGACUUUUAACCUGAUACAGGUAGGGCUUGAAACCAUUUUUAGGGCGUAGUGUUUGUUUUUUACUGCCAGUCGACUGUUUCUCCUGUGACCUACAUAUUAUACAAGAUUGUGGACAUCUAAGGGAGACGACUCCGACCCUGUGAGUUGGCCCCGGGUCUCCGAUGGUAUGGCUGGAGCUGGAUUCUGAGUGCAGGUCCGGCUGGUAGCUUCCGCUUGGAGCUCUUGCUGGGCCCAGAAGCAUCCGUGGUGUUGACAGUGGCAGGUGAAUGAGUGUGUGGAUGACGGAGGCAGGGAAUGUUGGUGUUGGGGAAACGGCUUUGUUCCCUAAGGAAUUAGCCAAUCAGAUUCAUUCAUUCCUAAGGGAGUAGAUUUCAUUUCCGUGGGCAGAGAUUCUUAUGGGAGUAGAUUUUGGGUGGCAGUAGAUCCCGUCCUUGCUGGGGGUAGGUGCCAGUGAGAGUAGACUUCCUUUCUCGGAGCACAGAUUUCUAUGGGAGUAGAUUGAAUUCCCAGGGGUAGAUCUCUAUGGCAGUAGAUUCAUUUCCUACCAGGGGUGAUUGCUGCGGCGUAGGUUUUGUUCCUGGCCGGGUAGUUUUCAUUCCUGGAGGUAGAUUCCUGUGGGAGGAGUAGAUUUCACUUCUGUGGGGUAGGUUUCAUUCUUGGGGGUAGAUUUCUAUAGGAGUAGGUUUUGCCCCUAGGUUUCUGUGGAAGUAGGUUUCAUUCCCGGGGUAGGUUUCUGUGGGAGUAGCUGUCCUUCCCCCGCCCUGUCCUGCUGAGACCCCGGACCGAUUUCCGCCUUUGGCUCCAGAAGACGCCUUUCUUGCCAGCGGUCACCGUGUGCUGGGGAGAGGGGGCCGUGUAGAAAGACUGACUUUACCUGGGUCCCGGUGUGUGUCCUUCUAGAGUCCCGGUGGGCGAGGGAGGGCCGAGAGGUGGCAGUGCGGGGCAGUGUGGAAAUCGCCACAGGCCCUGAAGAGCCCCCGGCGCAGCCAGUGCCCCCUGGCAGGGCACCCUUGGGCAGAUCGUCAUUUUUUUUUUUUUAACCCUUGUCUUGGUCCCCCCCAUCUCGUGUUUCCCUUGCUCCCCUCCGCACGGGUCCCCAGCUUCCCUCUGCCUUUAGCUUCCUGACUUAGUUUCCCUGGUUGGGCACAGGCCGGGUGCUGUGAAGGGUGCCGAGGUUGGGACAGGUGGACAGCCUGUCCCUGUGGCCGGGACGCCACUCACCCUCGCCCCCGCAGCAGCGGCCUGCCCUAGGGAGCGGUGGCGUCCAGUGCCGGCCGCCUGUGGCCUCGUGCGUGUCUCUCCCUCCCAGCGCCCCCUGUUUCUGGUUGGCCAGCAGUGGCCUCAGGCCCCGGGCCCCAGGUGGCUGGAGGCCUUCCCGCCGUCUGUGUGGCGCGGCCGCGCUCACCGGGAGGGCCGAUGGGGACGGGGUACUUGGAUGCUUGCAAGCCUGGAGGGGCAGAGUGUGCGGGGCCCGGGCUGGGUGGCAGUGGGUGUCCGACCCAUUGAUCUCGGGACAUCCAGGCCCAGGCCAGGAGGAUAGGGCAGGGGGUAGGUCCCUGUCCUGGCCCACGGCCCACCGGGAGUGAUCCCUGUGUGCCCCGCCCUUCCUGCAGAAGCCCCUCGUCACAGGCCUGUGCCGCGUCCUCGCGUUUUCGCCCUCGCCCAGUGAGCCUGUGCUGUGCUUCCUUAGUGCUCGCAUGUGCCCGGCGCUGGGCGGAGGGUUUCCAGACACUGUCCUUUAUUCCCCCCCCACCCCGAAAAGCCGUCUUUGGGUCGCCGCUGCCCUGUUUCAUUAGAGACGAGACUGCGGCUCCAUGACAGCCGAGCUUGGGGGUCAGGAAGAAACUUGGGCCUCCGCGGCCGAGGUGCCGGCAGGUCACGCAGCUUCGAGCCCGUUGGUCUGUGAGUCGCGUCUCGGGCUCUCGGGGGGACCGGCUGAGGUGCAGCACAGUGCCAGCAGCACUUUAUUAAAUAGGCUUUUGUUUUCUUUUAAAAAAACUCAGGUGGUACUUUUUUGGGUGGUGGGGGGUGGGUGGGUGGGGGUCAGGGCUUACGCCCGGCUCUGCACUCAGGGAUCACUCGUGGUGGGGCGUGGGGAACACAUGUAGUGCGAGGGGUUGAACCCAGGUCGGCCUCGUGCUGCAAGGGGAGCUCCCUGCCCGCUGCUCUCUCACUCCGGCCCCUCAGCUGGAACUUUGACCCCCCAGCCCAGGUCAUGCCUGACCCUGGAUUCUCAGCCACUGCACUGCCACGUGCUCGGUGUGACCCGAGUGGUCACCCCAGGGAGUGACUGCACCGUCCUCCGGGGCGAGACUGUCUAGGCAUCCCCCACCCACAGCGCCCCCGAGAAAGCUAGUCUGCCUGGUAGAGGCAGAGGACAUACGGGUGUUCAGGGACCCCAUUGCCGGUGGGUUGCUUGGGGCCUUCUCCACUUCCUGUAGCCUGACCCCCCACUCCCCCAUCUUAGGUUCUCUGAGUGGGGCCCCUGCUCAAAGGGCUGAGUGCUCGCUCUGCAUACGGGAGCCCCGUAGCGUCCUUGGUGCCCCCUCCCUGCCCCCCUCCCCAUGCAUCACCAGAAGCGAUUCCUGAGCACUGAGCCAGGAGCACCCCUGAAACCUGCUGGGAGUAUCCCCAGGACCAAAAGAAAGGCAGGAGAGGGGGAAGAAGCUUGAGUGGGGCCUGGCUGGUGAGGGUCCCUUGUGACUUGCUGUGGACCCUCUCCUCCCUGCAGCUGGGGACCACAGAGACCGUGUGGGCGCAGAGAGGUCUCGAGAUCUCUGUUCAGAAAGCCCCGAGCGCCGCCCUCAGCCAUUCAGGGCACCCCUCGGGGCCUGCUCCUGCCUUCCUGGACAUUAGCCGGCUAGAGGCAGGCCUGGAGAGGUGGACAUUCCUGUAGGACGUGGGUUCUGGAGCGGGGCGGGUGGCGAGACAGAGAGAGGAUUGAGUGCCAGGCCUUCCUUCCACUCGGCUUUCCAGCUGUGCGCGGAGGGCGGCUCGGGGCGGCCACGGGGAAGCUCCCCCGAAGGACGGGUUAAUGACGUGCUCAGGCUGCACGACAGGACCCGGGGCGUAGCGGUGACUGAACACCCGGCUGGCCUGCGUUUUCCGGGCCCAGUGGAGGAGGAAGUCCAGGCCCACCAGCCCCGAAACGGGCUUCGGCUCAGGAAAGAAGGCCCGGCACGGGGGCCGGGAAGGCAGCGAGGGCCGCCGAGCACUGGCCUUUUCCUCCCUGUCGUUGUUGCUCACGGACUUGGCACCCUCCCACGGCAGAGGGAAAGGCCCAGGGGUGCGGGCGGGAGCCGACCCCCAGAGGUCUCCGGGCGAGCGACCUGCACGGAGCCCUGGCCGGGUCUGGCCGUGUGGCGCAUCUCCCCGCGGGGAGCGGUGCGUCUCGACGAGGCCGCCUAGGUUUCUGCCUUCCCCCCUUUACGUUCCUCUCCCGGGGGUGUCGGGUCUGUGCAGAGGAGCCCCAGGGUGGGAUGGGAGCUCGGCGAGGGGCGUUCCUUAGGGGUCUUCCCUACAGCAUGGGCCGGGGCCGGGGCCUGGCUCCAGCGGGUGGAGCUGAGGGGGCUUCAGGGCUGGUUCAGCGGAUGCACUUAGCUGCUAGAGAAGGCAGGGGUGCGGCGCGGCGUGAGGAGCUGGGGAGGGCCGGGGGCCUGGUGCUGGUGGCGGGCUCCGAGGACCAGGAGCGGGACUCAGGCUAUCCCAGCAAUCUGGAACUCGAGGGGUGGGUGAUGCCGUGUGAUUCCAGGGCUGUCGUGCUGGCCAGACCCGGAAGGGAAGAUGUGGUAGGGACAGCCCGCCCCUCUGUCUCGGCGUUCCUGGGUGAGUGGGCCCGGCUCUGGACCUUGCCCCAGUUCUGUGUGUUCGGAGGCGCUGUUAAAUGAGAAAGGUUGCAAGGGCCCUGCUGCCCUCACCGGGAAGUCGUGGCAGGCACGUGGCGUGGGGGUCACCGCCAGUGUUGGCUCCGGGUCCCCCCAGUGCCACGCCAGGGCUGAGGCAGGGCCUGGCCUUGGACGCUGCGGGCCCGGGGUCCCCACGGCAGUCCUCCGGGCCGCCCAGCGAGGGUGUCGGCGUGUCACUGGACCACGUAUUGUUUGCCACGGCCCACAGCCCGGACAGUGUGGGACAGUACACGUGGCUCAGAACAUGAGAUGUUGUACAUUAGAGCGUAUGACCCUGUUCAUAGACCCGAAUGUUCCUAUUACACAAAUAAACGUCCAUGAAAUUCGG